AUGCUAUCCAUUCGGGCAUAGAGAACAAAGAAGAUUAUGUAAGUUCAAGGGGAAGUUGGACAACACAAAGGUUAUACUGCUAUAAAAAUAGCUGGAAAUGCUCAUGAAUUGAUUAGAAAAAAUAAAUCAGCCACAGAUAAUAUUGGUGAACUAGCUAUACAAGAUGUGACUAAGAAAUUGUUGAAUGACUAAUUCAAUUCAAUCAAGAGUUAUGACAUAGCGAGGGGUGAAGAAAAGCCUGGUCAAUAAUUUAAGUCGAUGCAUAGUAUGUACGACUUGUAAACAUUGAAAAUUACAAAAUUGUAUAAGAAAAAGGAAAGAAAUGACCUUGAGAAACAAAUCAGAAAUAGAUUAGCAAAAGAUCCUGAAAAACAACUCUUACUCUCAGAGAUAUAUGAAUAAUUGGAGGAUAAUUCAGAUGGAGAGGUCCUAAAAAAGAAACAAAAAAAUAGAGAAGAAUCUUUGGCUACUUAAUAAGAAGUGUAUGACGAAGCACAAGAUUAAACAGCUGAUCUUACACAAUGGACUAAAAGGUUAAAAGAUCAAAGGAAAAAAGAGGAAAGCAAAAAAGAAAAUAUGAGUACUAAUAUAGUUCCCUUUAAGAAACAAAUAAAGAGCAUCAACUGA